AAGCCCAAUUUCUAUCUAAUACACAGCAUUGCUACCAAACCAAACUUUCGUGGUGAUAGUGUAGCAGUCCAGUCGAGGCGUACAACCAACGUUUUCUAUAGAGUAUAACAGCAGAUGCAAGCAACAGCAGAUUAGAAAGCAAAAACGCGCAUUCUGUUCGUGUGUUUUGUUUGACUGAGGGGUCUGCCUGUUUGCCAUAUCUCUGGGCUUCUAUCACUUUCGUUUACGUCGUCAUUCAAGCCGGUUCUUGUGUGUCGAAAUUUGUGACCAAGUUCAAUUACAUAAUCUGUCUCAGGGAUAUUUUAGUUGUGUAGCUGUCCAUCUUUUGUGAAGGAAGAAAAAUGAGUUCCACCAUUGAAAUUACGCCCAUCCGCAGUGCCGUCUACCGGGUGGAGCAGCGUGUCCGAACGUUCUACGAGUACGUUUUGCAGCAGAAGAGCGCUUUGGCGGCCUCCGUCGAGAGCAUUUCGGUGGACGAUGCCACGUAUCAGAUUGAGCUGGCUAUCAGCUUCAUGAAGCACUACAUGGAGCUGGACAGUGAUGGUUUGACGGAUACCCCACAGAGCAACCAUCGGGUGAUCAUUGACACUCGCAAGUCGUUGUUUGAAAUUCUACUGGAUCUGCACUCGUCGAUGCGAUCUACGUGCGUCGGAUUUAGUGUGUACUUCCGGGGUGAUCACAGGAAGAAUUACUUCGUGGAAAAGCUUUUGGAAUACGAGAACUUUUCCUUCGAUGCUGACAAGUUGGAUAUUCCGCAAAGUAGCUUCGAGGUGGCUUUCUGUACGAUGGUUGUGUUCGAUUCUGGUGAUCUAGAAUCUGCGACUGAUGUGUUGGCGAAGGCUUGGGUGAACUGCUCGGUCCCGUGGGAGAUCCGCAAUGUGUUGGUGCAAGAAACGGUGCAAGAGAAGUUUAUUACCCUGCUGGAGAGCAAACUUAAACCAUUCCUAUCAGACCACGUUCCAUGUGCAAAUGCAAUGGUGAGUGCCAUCGAAAAAGCAAACUCAACGGGACUGAGGGUGAUCCGCCCUGAAGGCAACAUGCCAGGGCCGGCUGUAGUCUACGGUUCGAGUGUGGACUUUUUCCUCAAGCCCAAUGCUGUGCAAGCCAGCCCGGUCGUGGUGUUGAACGUGUUCAGGACACCGAAGGAAGCGAUCAGUUUGGCGAACAAGAGCAACGGUGGAUCGGUAUCACUAUGGACCGAACAGCUAUGCCUGGCUAUGGAAUCGGCUUAUGCUGUGGAAGCACAGACCGUUUGGGUCAACACGUAUGCUCGGUUCAACCCAGCGUUCCCGUAUUCAUUCCGUCGUGAUGGCAACUGCUAUGGAUCCGAAUAUGCGAUCUACGAGAAGAAGGUGAAAACGGUAUUCGUCCCAUCGGCGGAACAUUCCACAAAUUCGGCGGAGAAGAACAAGGCGGCCAUCAAAGCUCUGGGAGUGUUGUCUGACGAGGUGAAAAAUCAUCGGUUUGCAUUCGUUCGCAACGAGAAAAACGUUCACUAUGAAGUUAUUAGCACUCCGUACAAGAUCGAAAACUACAAUGAGAAUCAUAAGAUGCAAAUCGUUGAGGACUUUUGGGAAAAAUAUGUAUCGAUUGAUUCGUUUGAUAGAAACUUACUGUUAGAUACUGUUUAUAAUCAGCGUAAAACUGUUGUCAUUCCAUAUGGAGUUAGCUUUGCAAAUUAAUUGUUUUGAACAUUGCUAAUGAAAUAAAGAACAAGAAAUUAAUGCUUUUUUA